ACAAAAGGAGGCUGCUGGUGCGUGGGGUGGGUGGCAUGUACACGCACACGCACAGUCUCUUAUUACACCUUGCACGCUCUUUAAGAAGACUCACAGAAACAAGCCCCACUUUUUUUUUUUUUUUGUGCCACUUGCUUGUUUGGUGUUCCCUGCGCACCCAUGUGGUUUUUACGCACCGGAGCGCACAGCCUCUAAAGAGUUGCAGGACCCCCCCACCACCCCCAGGAGCUUCACGUCUCAUUCUCCCCAAACUCUGUCCGAGGCAGCGGUCGCACAUGACGCCAAGUUCGACGGCUUUUCUUCUCAUCUUCCGUGUGGAUUCGCCAUGAACGCCUCAUCCAUCCUGGACGCGACGCAGGGCGCGCUUCUCAACGGGAGCCGGAGCCUGGCGGGCACUCUGGCCACCUUCUCCGGCAACGGCAGCGAGCUGGCGGUGACGGCGGACGGCAGCGGCGGCUCGCUGGUGCUGCUGCAGGAGGAGCGCAAGCUGCUGGUGAUGCGAGUGGUGCAGAUCGCCGUGCUGUGCGUGCUGUCGCUCACGGUGGUCUUCGGGGUCUUCUUCCUGGGCUGCAACCUCAUGAUCAAAUCCGAGAGCAUGAUCAACUUCCUGGUGAAGGAGCGCCGGUCCUCCAAGGACGUGGAGACCGGCAUGAUCGGACUCAGCUAGAGUGGAUCCGAGUUUGGGCUGGGGGAGAGGUUGGUGGCGUGGGGGGGUUUGCAUUUGCAUGAAUUUAUGAGAGAUUUCUCCAAGUUAGCCCCCCUAAUGAGGAUUUAGAUAUGCAACAAGAUCACGCUUCCUUCCUUCCUUCCUUCCAAGACUCUAAAGUUUGUGCGUAAAACUUGUGCGUAAAAGGAGCCAAUACGUUUACGCGUGACUCCAAGUGUUUGGGGGGUGAAUUUAAAAAAAAAAAUAAAAAAAAAAAAGCCAACUUGAACAAAAAUGUUUACAAGAUGUUACCUCACGUUUGUACUUUAUGUAGAAUGUAUUUUAAUGAACGUUCUUUAUGGAGUGACGCGCGGCUCCUGUUUGGCAUGCCGGCUGCUUUGGUGUGUUAACAAGUCAUUCCUGGAAUCUGUUUUGCACUUUGAGGAAGAAAAAAAAAAAACAGUUCAUAAAUGCUGCAUGAAGUCUUUUUUGUACCAAAAGAGCAACGAUUAAAGAAACAAACAAAGAGCACACUAAACUCUGUCUUAUGGAUUCAUUAUAAAUACUGAACUAAAAAUGUUUAUUUAUUUUGUACAGGCAAUAUUCUGCACCUUAUUUGGUAAAUGCAACAUUCAACAACUUAGUUCUUAUCUGUACUGCAAAGUUCAAAUUUGAAUGACAAUAAAGUAAGUCUAAGUCUAAUGGCCUUCAUU